GGUGCGUUUUUUUUCGUUCUCGUUGUCAUUUCAAAAAUUUUCAAUAAACAAAGUGCGUUUUCGGCGUUGUUCCACGUAAUAUUUAUAUUUUUAUGGUUUUUGUGAACAUUAUCUUUAUCAAUGCGGUUUAAAACCACCUUAUUAUCAAUAAAGAUUAAUCAUGGAAGCUAAAACUCAAAAACGUUCGUACAAUGGGCUUAUCGAUAAAAGUUAUUAGAGUGGUUUGCUAAAUCUAUGUGCAAAGUUAGUUUAGUGAGUAAGAUUUAGAUUUGACUCUUCUUAGUGAAUCAAUGUUCAUUUCGAAUUGAUCUCGGUUGAUUGCUUAGAAAACAACUGGAAGCAGCUAAGACGACAAAAAAAAAUGCGUCCACGGAAAACGUUCCUUAUCGCGGCCAUCCUGGUCGGAUGGAUUUUUACGACGUACUUAAUAUUUUUGAGGAACUUCAAAGAUCCCAAUCCGCAAAAGAGUCAGGAAAUGCUUGAAAAGGUUCGCUAUCUGGAGCAAAAUAUCCAGUUGGCUGAAAGUCAUCGAGACAAACUGUAUCAAGAAAUUAUUAAAAUUCUUCAGAAGGAAGACAAAACAACCAGCACUGAGGCGCUUCCAUUGCCGCUAGACAAUGUUGAUUUGGGAUUAGGUGAGAUUUCGGCACAAGUUCCUGAAACGUCGCCACGACCGGAGGCCGAUGUUGCGUUGAGUAAAUUGCAGCAGAGAUACAUCAACAAUGAUAUUAACAACCCGGUCAUUCCGGUGCUGGUUUUUGCUUGCAAUCGUCUCUCAGUUAAUAGGUGCCUUGAUGAUUUGAUCAAGCACCGUCCUAGAGCUGAUCAGUUUCCGAUAAUUGUCUCGCAGGACUGCGACGAUGCGCCGACGCGAAGUAUGAUUAUGUCUUACAAAGAAAACGUCACCCUCAUCCGUCAACCGGAUCAAACCGACAUCACGGUGCUUCCGAAGGAGAAAAAGUACAAGGGCUACUACAAAAUCUCUCGUCAUUACGGAUGGGCGUUGAAAACGGUAUUUCGACAGGGCUUUGAUUCCGUAAUAAUCGUCGAGGAUGACCUGAGCAUAGCACCAGACUUCUACGAGUAUUUUUUGGGAACGUAUCCCAUUCUAAAGAAGGAUCGCUCACUGUGGUGUAUUUCGGCUUGGAACGACAACGGAAAGGAGGGUCUAAUCGACGGCGGGGCCGGAGAUUUGUUGUACCGGUCGGACUUUUUCCCUGGACUCGGAUGGAUGAUGACCAAAGAGCUGUGGAACGAGCUGGAACCUAAGUGGCCAAAAGCAUUUUGGGACGAUUGGAUACGACAACCGGAGCAGCGGAAGGAACGGGCAUGCAUUCGCCCAGAACUGCCUCGAACGCGAACCUUUGGAAAGGUUGGUGUAUCAAAUGGCCUAUUUUUCGAUAAACAUCUGAAAUAUAUUAAACUCAGUGAGGAUUUCGUUAGCUUCACCAAAAUGAAUCUGACGUAUUUGCAAAAGAAUAUUUACGACGAGAUAUUUCUGAAGGCUGUCUACCAAAGUCCCGUUGUGACAUUAGACGAACUUAAACGUGGACUUGUGACAACUAAAGACCCAGUGCGUAUAACAUAUUUAACCAAAGAGCAGUACAAACGAGCCACUAAGAGUCUUGGACUGAUGGAUGACUUUAAGAGUGGCGUGCCACGCACAGCAUACAGAGGUGUGGUAUCUUUCUUCUACAAUGAACAGCGUGUAUAUUUGGCGCCAAAUACCAACUGGAAAGGGUACGAUUUGACUUGGAGUUAACAGCAACGGUUAGUCGUGUACCAGCGUUCAAGUUUUAGUCUAUUUUUAAGCAACCUUCUAAAGUUAAUUUAAACUUUACUGGGACAUAAACCGGUGGGCUCUUCGAAGCCGAAAUAAUCAAGCAUUUUGCCAGCUACAGCGUUAAAAUUAACAGACUGAAACAUCUUGAUGUUCCCCUAAGGAAAUGCGAUGCUCAAGAUAGACCUCGACAGACAAACAACCCUAUUUUUAAUACCCCAGCGGGGCUGCUAGAUUACAUCACAUUAGUUUCCAUUCCUGUUUAGUUCAAUGAUCAAAUUAUUUGUUAUCAUUGAAAAAUUCCGUUCUUCCUUAUAUUUCUGAACCUAUUAUUUCAUAUACUGGGUUAGACAUGUUACCAUCAGCUAAUCGAAGAGCAUCUAAAUUGUCUCAAUCGUCGCUUAGUCGGUGAUGUUGUCGCGUACGUGCUUUAAUUAUUAAAUAUUGUAUAAUUUCGGCCGGGUGUAAGUAUUAGAUUUAGAUUUUAAUUUAUUUUACAAGAUAAAUGUUGAACCAGUUGGAUAUGUAAUAACAUCUGAGAUGAAAUGCAAAAUCAAUGCAGCAAUUGAUUGAAAAUUUAGUUAAUUCUUUUAUUUCGAAUUUGAUACUAGUCAAAUAACGUUCAUCAGAGUGACAUCUUUUGGAAUGUCUUUAUCUUAAUUAUUAAAAAUGAAUGGUUUUAAAAUUGUGUUUUAUAUGAAAUAGAAAAAAAAGCAAUACCACAAAGAUGGUUUAGAAAAAACAGACGGUAUCGACCUCUCAUUGAAUCAUGAGCAAAGCCAAAUGAAACUGGAUACAUUUAUCUAAAUUUCACAAGAUGUUAUAUGCUCAUUCUCCAUUUAGAUGCACGUGAUCGAGUUCACCACAAUCAUGGCCAAGUAAAUCAUAAUUAUUACAUAAUUAUUCAUAAUAAGAAAUACAAAGUGAGGGAGAAGAUCUCAGAGGGUCACUUUUGACAGAUUUCUAAUUUCCCUAAUAAAACUACAGCAGAACUAUGAUACCUACUAUAAAACUGUAAAAAAAUAUAUAUUGGCCUGUGAUUGGCAGUGAUGUCGUAUUAA